UUUCUGAUUACACGUGUUUAGGAGAAGUUCCUGUAGCACCUCGCUGGUUGCUCGUGUGAGAUCACAGAUCAGUGUAUCAGUGGCCUGUGGAGGACCCUGGUUGAUCCAGACAAUGGCGUCGAGGUAGGCAGGAACAGUAAUGAGUGCUGGUGUUGCACUUGAACAAACGUUUCUGCUCGGCGCAUGGAUACCCACCACCACACCACUGCGCUCCGAGGUAGACAGGGGAAGGAAAGUGCGCGGAAAGCUCCUGGUGGACGGACGAGGCAAAAACCAUGCAACGCUCGCCAUGCCUUUGGCAGAGCCCGAUCUUAGCUCAGGGCCGGCGUCGCCGCGUUGCCUGGAAUGGCAACGCAGGAAGCCACGCAGCGCUCGAUCGGCUCCACCCUCUCCAAAUCGAUGCAGCAGCUAGCACUGGGUGCAUUCAUUAGCAGCUCCAGCUCAUGAUCACCACUCUCCUCGGCUAGCUCCUCCUCCCAACAGUUCACCACCGCCCCCUAGAAUCGCCCAUUCACAUGGCGCUCUCCCGCCGCCUUCCCCUCCUCCUCCUCCUCUCCCUCGUCGCCGCCAUGACGGCGGUCACCAGCACCGCCCCCGAGGUCAUCGUGACCAAGUGCUACCCGCCGCCGACGCCCACCGGCACCACCCCCGGGGUCAUCGUGACCAGGUGCUACCCGCCGCCGACGCCCACCGUCAACGGCAGCGGCGCGUUCCCCGAUAGUCUCCUCCCGCUCCUCGACGCCCUCCCCUCGGCCGCCGCGCGGACGGGCUUCGCCUCGCUGGGGGCCGGCGGUGCGCUCGCCCGCGGCUUCUGCUUCGGCGACCCCGCGCCCGACCCGUGCCUCCGCUGCCUGUCCGACGCCGGCAGAAAGAUCACCGGCCAGUGCGGCGACGCCAGCCGGCGCGUGGGCUUCCUGAACGACGGCUGCUUUCUGGGCUACGCCGACACCAACGCUUCCUCCUCCGCCUGCCCGGACGCCGACAUCGGCGCGGUGACCUUCUCCGGCGACGCCGUCCCGCGCCUCGACGACGCCGACGUGCAGAAGCUCGUGACCGUGGCGCAGUCCCUGGUCCCGCGGUCCGCGAACGGCCAGCUGCCCGCCGUCAACGCGACCGCCACGGCGAGUAACGGCGACACGGUGCGCGUGCUGGCACAGUGCGCGACGGACCGCGCCGCGACGGAGUGCGCCCGGUGCCUGCGGGACUCGGCGCUGCAGAUGGCCAGGAGCUGGGGGGCCGCCGCCGGCGCCGUGCAAGGAAGCGUGGCCGCUGUCCUCGGUUCCAACUGCUACCUCCGCUUCGAGAUAUCGGCACCGCCGCUGCCCCUGGGAGAGCAGACCCGGAGGAUGAUAAAGGAGAACGUCGCCCUGACGGUGUGCAUUGCCAUCAUCUUCGUCCUAGUCGUGGCUGUCAUGGCGUGGCAGCUUGCGUCGUCGGCAUGAGGAUGGGGAUACAGGCCUGGAAUGCGGCGGUGGCAGCGGCGGCGGCGGUGCAAGGGAAUUAGCCAUGACCGAUCGAGGGACGAGGAAGACCCAAUAGCAAGUCGGCUGCAGGCAGGACAUGAGAGAAGUUCCGCGGACGAAGACCCUGCGGUCAGGAGCACAUGACUAGCUAGGCUAGGGUAGUGUUAUGCUCUUAUUGAUCUAUUCUGUUGUAUGCAUUUGGAUGCUUGGUAGUGCUACUGCUCUGUUCCGUGAUCGAUCUCGCACUAAAAAUGCUCAUCCUUUUUAGAUCUUCAA